GGAAGCUGAGCGAGGGGCGGCGCGGACCUCUGUGGGCGGGUGGCUGUUGUUGGGGCCGUCGAGGCGGCGGCGACUCUGCGUCCACGGCUCCUGAUGGAGGCGGGGCCGCAUCCCCGGCCGGGGCACUGCUGCAAGCCUGGGGGGCGGCUGGACAUGAACCACGGCUUCGUGCACCAUAUCCGACGGAACCAGAUCGCUCGGUACCGCCCCGCCCUGCGCCGCCGCCGCCACCACUCCUGGCCUGGCCUGGCCUGGCCCGGCCCGACAGUCCCUGACUCCCGCUCGGCUCCCCGCAGGGACGACUAUGACAAGAAGGUGAAGCAGGCGGCCAAGGAGAAGGUGAGGAGGCGGCACACGCCCGCGCCGAUGCGGCCCCGCAAGCCAGACCUGCAGGUGUACCUGCCGCGACACCGAGAUGUCUCUGCCCACCCACGCAACCCAGACUAUGAAGAGUCCGGUGAAAGCAGCAGUAGUGGAGGCUCUGAGCUGGAGCCUUCUGGCCAUCAGCUCUUCUGCUUAGAAUACGAGGCAGACAGUGGAGAGGUCACAUCAGUUAUCGUCUAUCAGGGUGAUGACCCAGGAAAGGUGAGUGAGGAGGUGUCGGCACACACGCCUCUGGAUCCACCCAUGCGAGAAGCCCUCAAGUUGCGUAUCCAGGAGGAGAUUGCAAAGCGCCAGAGCCGACACUGACCAUGUUGAAGGCGUUCUCUCCAGGCUGGAUUCACUGCACUCGGAAGAAUUCUGCCCAGGGAAUUUAGUGUGGGGGUACCAGGACCAGUUUGUCUGAUCUUGAGACCCCCAGAGCUGCUGCAUCCAUAGGGUGUUGCAGGACUACACCUGGCCUGCCUUGCAGUCAUUCUUUCUUAAAUGUUGACCCAUUUGCCCAGCCUGAUAUUCUGGAAUUCUUUUUUUUUUUUUUUUUUUUGAGAAUUUUGUGUGGCUAAUGUGUUCUAGAAGCAGAGACUCCAGGGAGAACCAGAAUUUAUGAAGCCUCGUGCCAACAUGGUGCUUUCUCACCGAGGUCAUAUGCCUGGCUGCUGCUGUUCCACUCAGCUCCAUGAGCCACAUUUGUUAUUUUAUGUUUCUUCUGUGCUUUUGCUCAUUUCCACCCAUGUGUUCAUAGACCUUUUUUCAGCCCUUUUUCUUUGUUCCUUUCCCUCAUCUUUUUGCCUCAGGUAGAAUCCAUCAGUUCUCCUCCCCCUCCAAAUGACUGUGUACCUCCAGCUGCUCAGGACUUUGGAGGUGGGGGCGGGGCCUGGGGAUCUACCCUUCUAAAAAACUCUCCAAGUAAUUCUGAUACCAAUAAAGUGGGAGACCUCCAUUUUCGAGGCCUAUUUGCAAGCAUGUCUCCCUCCCUUUCCAUGGCUUUUUCGUUUCUCGCAUGUUCCACUGCUUUGCACUGUCUAGACAGGAAACCUAGGAAGAUGUUGGUACUAAACUGAAAAGAUUUCUUACAGCAAAACCUGCCUCGGCCAGGGCUACAGAAUUCCAACUUUCAACUUGAUUCCUAGCCAUGAACAGACUGUCCUCUGCUCAGACUAAAAGGGAAUUAUAAACAAGUGGGAACUUACUCUCCAGUUGUGACUUAACAGUUCUGAACAUACCUACAAAGGGAAACUCAAUAUUAGCAAUAAUUGCCUGAUUGACAGCACGCCAGAGGGAAUGAAAUGAGGCCUUCUCUCCUACCUCCCAGGAGUAUGUAACUCAGAUCCUUAGCAUAAAGAUCCCCAGGAAUACCACUGAUCUAACCCGGUGAACAUUUUUUCUAAUGCAGGGUUAGGCUUACGUCUGAAUUCCACAAGACAUCCUCCCCCUCCAGUACGGAAGUUCCAAAGCACUUGUUUUCCAGCAUAUCAGCCUAACCUCAGUGCCUUGAAAUAUGGCUUUAAGCCUUUGAGAACUGAGAUUUCCUGAAACCAUAGGCCCUUGCCCCAGGGGUUUCUCCACAUCCGGGUGUUAAGACACCUGAUGGCACUGUUGGUUUGUCCCCUAUACCCCAGAAAAUCUAUCCUGCAAGGUAGCUACUUCAAUCUUGUCAUUAAAAUGUGGCAAGUCACAGCUCGCAAUGCCAAAGGAAUGCUGGGGCAGUAAGUGAGGUGGAUAAGUGAGAAGGGCCUGGUGGUGAAAGCGGCCAGGGACCAGAAUGCUCCAGACCUACAGAGCUGGUCAAGGUUAAGUGCCUUAAACUUACCAAUCCUGGGCUCAGUUCUCCUUUGAAAGGAGAAAGUCUUUGUCCUCUACUUAGGCAGCUGGGCUACAAGUGCCUUUUGACUUCCAAUGUUAACUACCCUCCAAAGCCUCCUGGGUCAAGGAGGCUCUCCCAGACUCCACCCCUGUUCUUCCUGGUCAGAGAACCAGUCAGUCAUUCUAGUCUUCCAGUCCUUAAACUGAUCUGAUGACUUGGAACAUAGGAUUUCACUGCAAGUCUGGCUUUUUAGUCUGGAAAUACAUUUGAGGUCUGUUUUCUCACAGCUGGAUCACCUGUUUCCUGGUUUUAUUACACAAUUCAGAAGGCUAGAAGAGGAGUUUGGGGGCUUGGCACCUGAAAAUUUAGACCGCAUUCUUAUUAAGUAAAGGAAGAGGUAGGGAGGCCGAGGCGGGCGGAUCAUGAAAUCAGGAGAUCCAGACCGUCCUGGCUAACACAGAAACCCCGUCUCUACUAAAAAUACAAAAAAUUAGCUGGGCAUGGUGACAUGCGCCUGUAGUCCAUCCCAGCUACUCGGGAGGCCGAGGCAAGAGAAUCACCUGAACCUGGAAGGCGGAGGUUGCAGUGAGCCGAGAUCACGCCGCUGCACUUCAGGCUGGGCAGCAGAGCGAGACUCCAUCUCAAAAAAAAAAAAAGGAAGAGGUAAAAGGCAAGGCAGCAUUUAAUAAGUACCUGUUGUAUCCUUUUAAGUGUUUGUUGUGGUAAUCCUCACAAAGACCGGGACUGAUGGAAACUCCUUGCUAUUAAACUUUUUUUCUUGAGGAA